CAGGGACAUGAAACAGGUCCUGAACAGAGGGUCCGAGUGUCGGAGAUCCUGCCUGCCCUGUACAGUCUGCCCUCAGGAGAGAGUCCAGGACACAGGACCGCGCCCUGCCCCGCCCCGCUCCGCACCGCCCACUGACUGAUAACGACGGCCAUCCAUUUGGAGUCUGAACGCUGAUAGGCAUCCCCCUGGCGGUCCAGCUGCCUGACGUGCUGACCAUGUGCUCCCUCUGGUUUCCUGCUCUGUCAACAGCAAUUAACUUAAUCUUCCCAGCCGUCUUUAAGCCUAUAAGAGUGGGGAGUCGGCUAUGAACAGGUGGCUGAGAAGGGUCUGUUCUCCAGGGUUACUGUGAUAGGUGAUCUCUCUCUCCCUCUCUCCUCCUCUCUCUCUCUCCUUCUCUUUCUUUCUUCCUUUCUUUCUCUCUGACUUUGCUGCUGCACCUCGCUAUGGUCAGUGUCCCUCCUGUCACCAUGGAUUGUCAUCCCCGCCAGGAAACUUGCACUGAUCGUUCUGUCUUAAAGAUCGGGCCGGUGUAGCACUGUGGAGUAGCCUCCUGUUGACAGCUUGCCAGGGAGAGCGCGGAUCUGAGCUUUGAACCCUCCUUUCAGCUAGGGCGGACAGCCCCGCUCACACGGCCGCGCCCGGGACCGCACCAAGACAGAGUGGACACCCUGGCAACUUGAAGCCGGCUUGCACUGUUGGCUCGUUUGAAAACGAUGGGAGCCUCUUUUGGAAAGAAACAGAAGGCAUACAACAUUGAGAGGCCAUGUGUGAAAGAGGGAAAUCACCUGAAUGGCUCAGCCUCGGCCUACGGUGACUUGCAGCGGGAUCCACUCAGGGACCCGGUCAGGGACCCGCACAGAGAUCUGCCCCCUGUGGCCAGCUAUGCAGCUCAGCCGGAUUACAUGGAAGGAGACGAUGAUCUGAUCAAGCCCAAAAAGCUGCUUAAUCCAGUGAAAGCCUCUAAAAGCCACCAGGACCUCCACCGAGAGCUGCUCAUGAACCAUAAAAGGGGUGUGGGUGUGGAGAACAAGCCUGAGCUGCAGCGCGUGCUGGAGCAAAGGAAACGAGAGCAGAUGAUUAAGCAACGAAAGGAAGAGGAGGAGUCCAGGAGGAAGAUCUCCCCUCUCGAGCAGGAGCUCCUCAAAAGGCAUAAGAAACUGGAGGAGCUGGAGAAGGAGCAGGAACGGCAGGAGGAAGGGGUGGAGAACGCCCCAGAGUUCAUCAGGGUGAAGGAGAACCUUCGGCGCACGUCCAUUCUGAACGCGGGAGAGAAGGAGGUGUAAAACACGCCAGUGGCAGAGCUCUGCAUGCGCCAAGGAUCCCGGUGGUUGUGUGUGUGUGUGUGUGCAAAAGGACACGGCGGCGAUACACCACGUUCUAGCACCAUCCAGAGGACACUGUUUCCUCCUGCUACACUGUCUGCCCUGUCUGACACAACACAAUGCCUUUCCAUCUCAUUCAGUGCGAGUGAGAAACUCGAGACUCACCGUCCGCUAGCCUGAAGCAUAUAGGCAGUUUAGAAACCGUCCGUCCGUUUUAUCCACGUGAGGGUUUAAGAAAUAAUUCAUUAAAGAAUAGAGACGUAUGCUCGAGCAGACUGUGAAGGAGCGACAAUCAAAUGCAAACUGAGCCCGGUGCACCUGACCGCAGAGCGAGGUUUUGAUCCCAAAAUGAGUGGAGAGGUGAGCAGGAGCAUGAGUUCAUACUCUGCAUGUGUGCAGUGAGAUCAAAUGUCCUUGAGAGGCCUAAAGACAGGUACCAUUUGAAGAAGUCACUGAGCUAUGAAGCUGAAUUCGGAAGGGACAUGUUCGUCUUAGUCUGUGAAUGGUGAGGUCUUUAUUGUAAUGCUACAGCAGUUAACAGUUAUUUGAUCAACUUCUGGUUGUAGGUUAUCUCUCUAUUGAUGUACUAGCCCUGAUAUGCCUCCGCACAAAUGUAUUUUCUGUGUGUCUAAGCAAUUGUUUCACUUGCUCUACUGAAGUCCUUGUAAAAGUACUCAUGUAUGAAAUCUCCAGUAUGUAGACAGUAUUGCACAGAGAUAUAUAUCUAUACAGAGAUAUAUAGAGAGGUUUUCUCUGAAAGCAUCCUUGAAUUCACACCCUGCCAAAAAUUCAGUGUUGAAACGAAGAAUUUAGAGAUUGGUGUGUUGAUCCCAAAAAAUCUUUCCUUGUAAGAUACAAAUCACUUCUUAAGGCUCACUUUGCACAUGUCACUUUUCACAGUGCAGCAUUAUAGAGAGAUUUCAUGACAGUUUCCCAUGGGGGAAAAUCUCAGAGAUACAAAUGGACUGGACUGAGUCUGUACUAAGUUAUGUGUUUGUAGACACCAUGGCCAUAAUCUACACAGGUUAUAAGCACCUCAACAGUCAUUAACAUCAUUACAAGUAGACAUCUUCACCAAGCAGAUAACAUCAUUCACUGUUAUCCAAGGGGUGACGGUCAUAUAAUUAUAUCUUACAUGUAGUUUCUUAUUACCAGUUGAAAUAAUUAAAUAUUUCUAUUGUUCUACUGUGUUUUCUUAAAAUACAAUCACAUUGAGGUGAGCAGAAAUGUGGUAUAAACUCACUUCUUUCUUAUUAAAUACUGCUCAUGGUGCCUUUCCCAGAACCCCACAAUGUCAAAUGUAUGAUGGACUAAUGCUGGAAAUGCUGAAACUCCAAGGAAGUAUUGUAUUGUUAAUUAAGUAUGUGUUAUGUUUAUAAGUUGUUUCUCAGAAUGAGAGUGAUAUUUACAAUGGUCAGUCUUAAUUUAGGAGUUUAGUUUUCAUGCCUGUGCAUGCAUAUGUGUGUGAGAGAGACAGAUUCACAAGUCCCCCAACAAAAGAGCACAUUUCAGAGAGCCAAAUGCAGUUCUCUCUUUAAAUGCUGUUUUAUAAUUGUAGAUACUCAAGUAGCAGUGCAAUCAAUUCACUUGCAAAAGCAACUGUGUAAAACAACUUAUGAAUCAUCUUCUAAACAAUUCUGCCACAGCACUUUAGUAAUUCAAAUGAUUUAUUUGAAAGAAAUCAUUUAGAAUGAAGGUAAGUGAUAUCAACUGUUCCUUUAAAGAAAUAGCUGAGAUCCUUUUAAUUAAUGUUGUAAUGUCUGUUCUGCUGGCACCAGUAUUCUAUCUGAUGGUUCAUGGCAAAGCCCUAUUUGCAUUUAAUUAUUGCUAUCUUCUUAUUUUUUAAAAUUAUAUGUAUGUUUUGCCUUUACUAACUCCUAAAGCCACUUAAGAUCAAUUUUAUCAAAAUAUAUCAAUCCAGACAUCAGAUGUACAGUAUAUGUGUGAUGCUGUUACUUUUAAUAUUGUUCUUACUGAGAAAUGUGACUGACAGUUAAACCCCUGAUUUUUCUUUCUUUUUUAAUCUUGACACAAGGAUUGUUAUGAAUAACAUAGAAUGUAUGGUAAAAUACAGUAUUUAAGACGUGGUGUAGGGAUUUAAGACAAAGUUGUAUGACUAUUUUGUAAUAAAUAAAGGACUAACAAUUCGCUUGAAGAAAA